AUGGCUACUACUUCGCAUAUGUUUAUGUACUCCCUGACGAUCCAGCCGCCCACUGCGAUCACUCAGGCCAUUCUAGGCCAAUUCGCGGGAACCAAAGAGCAGCAGAUCGUCACAGCCUCCGGGUCGAAGCUGACUAUUCAUCGUCCCGAUCCCACCCAGGGCAAGGUCACGCCGCUGUACACACAAGAUGUCUUUGGCAUCAUUCGAUCACUGGCUGCCUUUAGACUGGCUGGUAGUAACAAAGAUUAUAUAAUUAUUGGCUCGGACUCGGGGCGCAUCACUAUUAUCGAGUAUGUUCCCUCACAGAAUCGAUUCAACCGGAUCCACCUUGAGACAUUUGGCAAGUCGGGCGUGCGUCGUGUUAUACCUGGCCAGUAUCUGGCGGUCGAUCCCAAGGGUAGAGCAUGUCUGAUUGCGUCAGUGGAGAAGAACAAACUUGUUUAUGUCUUGAAUCGAAACUCGCAGGCCGAGCUUACGAUAUCGUCUCCGCUAGAAGCGCACAAGCCACAGACCUUGGUGUUUGCUAUGGUUGCGCUAGAUGCUGGGUAUGAGAACCCCGUCUUUGCAGCCCUUGAAGUAGACUACUCGGAGUCUGACCAAGACCCAACGGGUCGAGCCUACGAAGAGGUUGAAAAACUUCUAGUAUAUUACGAGCUCGAUUUGGGUCUCAACCACGUUGUCCGGAAGUGGACGGACCCCGUUGACCGCACAGCAUCGAUGCUUUUCCAGGUACCUGGUGGGGCUGAUGGUCCAAGCGGUGUCCUGGUCUGUGCAGAAGACAACAUUACAUACCGACACUCGAAUCAAGAUGCUUUCAGAGUACCCAUUCCCCGUCGGCAAGGUGCAGUGGAAAACCCUGAGCGCAAGCGUUGCAUUACAGCCGGUGUGAUGCACAAGAUGCGAGGUGCUUUCUUCUUUCUCCUGCAGACCGAGGAUGGCGAUCUUUUCAAACUCACACUUGACAUGGCCGAGGACGACAACGGCCAGCUUACUGGUGAAGUUAAGGGCUUGAAGAUCAAGUACUUUGAUACGGCGCCCUUGGCUUCAAGCCUGCUGAUCCUUAAGAGCGGCUUCCUUUAUGUCGCUGGGGAGGGUGGAAACCAUCAUUUUUACCAAUUCGAGAAACUUGGCGAUGAUGAUGAGGAGACUGAGUUCACGAGUGAUGACUUCUCCGCUGACCCUACAGCCUCGUACGAACCUAUCUAUUUCCGGCCUAGGGGCGCAGAGAACCUCAACCUUGUGGACUCAAUCAACUCGCUUAAUCCGUUGAUUGAUAGUAAGAUCGUGAAUCUCGCCGAGGAUGACGCUCCUCAGAUCUUCACCGUCUCUGGCACGGGCGCACUAAGCACUUUCCGAACACUGAAGCAUGGACUGGAGGUUUCCGAAAUUGUCGAGUCAGAGCUCCCCAGCGUACCAUCUGCGGUCUGGACUACGAAACUGACCAGGGCUGAUGAAUACGAUGCGUAUAUUGUGCUGUCCUUCGCGAACGGAACCCUUGUUCUAAGCAUUGGAGAGACAGUAGAAGAAGUAACCGAUACUGGUUUUCUUUCAUCAGCACCCACUCUGGCUGUUCAACAGCUUGGUGAAGAUUCGCUUGUCCAGAUUCACCCUCGAGGUAUCCGCCACAUUCUCGUAGAUCGACGAGUGAACGAGUGGCCAGCACCACAACACCGGUCUAUCGUGGCUGCCGCGACAAACGAGCGUCAAGUUGCCGUUGCCCUCAGCUCUGGUGAAAUCGUCUACUUUGAACUGGACGCCGAUGGGUCUCUUGCUGAAUAUGACGAACGACGUCAAAUGACUGGGACGGUGACAUGUCUUAGUCUGGGUGAGGUACCAGAAGGCCGUAUCAGAAGCUCAUUCUUGGCUGUUGGCUGCGAUGAUUCGACAGUUCGUAUCUUGAGUUUAGACCCGGAUACCACUUUAGAGAACAAAUCUGUCCAAGCGUUGACCGCUGCGCCGUCUGCCUUGAACAUCAUUCCUAUGGCCGACUCUAGCUCCGGAGGAACCACUCUUUAUCUUCAUAUCGGCCUUCAUUCCGGUGUCUAUCUGCGAACGGCUCUUGAUGAAGUAACUGGCGAACUGUCUGACACGCGAACUCGAUUCCUGGGUUCCAAGGCUGUGAAACUAUUCCAAGUUUCCGUAACAGGACAGACCGCGGUGCUCGCACUGAGCUCGCGCCCUUGGCUUGGCUAUUCCGAUACCCAAACUAAAGGAUUCAUGCUUACACCAUUGGAUUAUGUCGGGCUCGAAUGGGGCUGGAAUUUUUCAAGCGAACAGUGUGUCGAGGGUAUGGUGGGUGUUCAAGGACAGAACCUAAGAAUCUUCUCGAUUGAGAAACUGGACAACAACAUACUGCAGCAGUCGAUACCUCUCUCAUACACACCUCGCCGUUUCUUAAAGCACCCCGAGCAGCCUUUGUUCUACGUUAUUGAGGCUGACAAUAAUGUUCUUUCACCAACAACACGGAGCCGGUUGCUCGAGGACUCCAAGUCCCGUGACGGUGACACAACGGUCCUACCACCGGAAGAUUUUGGAUAUCCUCGUGGUACAGGCCAUUGGGCUUCAUGCAUCCAAGUGAUCGACCCAGUGGAGACGAAAUCGGUGAUUGCGACGAUAGAGCUGGAGGAGAAUGAAGCAGCUGUCAGUAUUGCUGCGGUGCCGUUCACUAGCCAGGACGAUGAAACGUUCUUGGUUGUGGGAACUGCCAAAGAUAUGACUGUCAAUCCACCUUCCUCUGCGGGAGGAUACAUCCACAUCUAUCGAUUCCAAGAGGACGGGAAAGAGCUCGAAUUUAUUCACAAGACCAAGGUCGAGGAGCCUCCUCUCGCGCUUCUUGGCUUCCAAGGUCGUCUAGUUGCCGGAGUCGGGUCUGUGCUCCGAAUCUACGAUCUGGGAAUGAAGCAGCUGCUUCGGAAAUGUCAGGCCAUCGUGGUCCCAAAGGCCAUCGUGGGUCUUCAAACGCAGGGCAGUCGGAUUGUCGUUAGCGAUGUCCGUGAGAGUAUCACGUAUGUUGUGUACAAGUAUCAAGAAAACGUCUUGAUCCCGUUCGUAGAUGACUCCAUCCCUCGUUGGACGACCGCGACGGCCAUGGUGGACUAUGAGACGACUGCGGGAGGUGACAAGUUCGGGAACCUAUGGUUGAUGCGAUGUCCUAAGAAGAUUUCCGAGGAGGCGGAUGAGGAGGGAUCCGGAGCUCAUCUCAUCCACGAUCGCGGAUAUCUUCAGGGCACGCCCAACCGUCUGGAAUUGAUGAUCCACGUCUACACUCAAGACAUCCCCACUAGCCUGCACAAGACCCAGCUAGUAGUUGGUGGUCGUGAUAUUCUUGUGUGGACAGGCUUCCAGGGUACGAUUGGAAUGCUGGUACCAUUUGUUGGCCGAGAGGAUGUCGACUUUUUCCAGAGUCUGGAAAUGCAACUUGCCUCGCAGUGCCCGCCCCUUGCUGGACGAGAUCACCUCAUCUACCGGAGCUACUACGCACCCGUCAAGGGGGUUAUCGACGGAGAUCUAUGUGAAAUGUACUUCCUCCUGUCUAAUGAUACGAAGAUGAUGAUUGCUGGGGAACUGGAUCGCUCUGUCAGGGAGAUAGAGCGAAAGAUUUCGGACAUGCGAACCAGAGUGGCGUACUGA